CAUCCCAGCCUCCAUUUAAAAACCUAUCAUUGCAGAAAUCUCUCUCUCUCUUCUCUCUUCUCUCCUCUCUCCAGUUUCACGCGGUUUGCGUAGAGAGAAGAGAGAGUAUGCCUUCGAGCAACGGCGGCGGCGACCCCAACUCACAGACCCAGCCCCAGGCCCAAGCCCAGCCACAGCAGCAGUCUCAGCCGCCACAGUGGAUGGUCCAUCAGCCUCAGUGGAUGGGGGGCGUGCAGUACCCGGCGGCGGCCAUGGCGAUGAUGCAGCAGCAGCUUAUGAUGUACUCCCAGCACCAUUACAUGCCUUACCCCCAUUACCAGCAGCUCCCCCAUCAACACCCUCAUCAGCAGCAGCAUGGCUACACCCAACAUCCCCACAGCCACCAGAAGCCGCCGCAGCAGAACGGAUCCGGCGGCGGCGGCGGUGCCAGUAAUGGCAGCUCCGAAGAGGCGAAGACCAUUUGGGUCGGCGACUUGCAUCACUGGAUGGAUGAGACUUACCUCCACACCUGCUUCUCUCCCACCGGCGAGGUUGUGAAUGUGAAAGUUAUACGAAACAAACAAACCGGUCUAUCGGAAGGCUAUGGCUUUGUUGAGUUUUACUCCCGUGCUACUGCCGAGAAAGUCCUGCAGAGCUACUAUGGGACUGCCAUGCCAAACACAGACCAGCCCUUCCGCUUGAACUGGGCAGCCUUCAGUUCAGGCAAUAGGCAAUCAGAGAAUGGUUCAGAUCUCUCUAUUUUUGUUGGAGAUUUGGCUGCAGAUGUGACUGACACAUUGCUGCAAGAGACCUUUGCUAGUAGAUAUUCUUCCGUCAAAGGAGCAAAGGUCGUGAUUGAUUCGAAUACUGGGCGUUCGAAAGGUUACGGUUUUGUCAGGUUUGGUGAUGAAAGUGAGAGGUCAAAGGCCAUGACUGAAAUGAACGGUGUCUAUUGCUCAAGCAGGCCCAUGCGCAUUGGAGUUGCUACCCCAAAGAAAGCAUCGGGAGGAUAUAAUCAGCAGUACUCCUCUCAAGCCGUGGUAUUGGCUGGUGGACAUGGACAUCAAUCAAAUGGGGCUGCCCCACAGGGUUCCCAGUCAUACAAUGAGUCAAAUAACACCACUAUCUUUGUGGGAGGACUCGACUCAGAUGUGACCGAUGAUGAUCUCAGGCAGCCGUUUUCACAGUUUGGUGAGGUGGUCUCUGUGAAGAUACCAGUUGGAAAAGGAUGCGGCUUCGUGCAGUUUGCCAACAGGAAGAGCGCUGAGGAUGCAAUUCAGGAGCUAAACGGGAGUGUUAUUGGCAAGCAGUCUGUUCGAUUGUCAUGGGGUCGUAGUCCUGCAAACAAGCAGUGGAGAAAUGACCACAACAGUAAUCAGUGGAAUGGCUCGUACUAUGGAGGGCAGAGCUAUGGUGGGUAUGGAAAUGGCAACGCUGCAGCAUCUAAUCAGCAAGCCGCUGCUGUGGCCAAUGGGGUUUCUUAGCAAACCGUGCGCCACUUGUGAAACAGCUACUGGUUCGAGCAAAUUUGAGAGAUUCUUGGAUUAAAUACCAGGAACUUAUGAUAAUUGGAGUUGGAUGGUGGAACUGGAAAUGUAUGUGGAGAAUUUUUGUCCUGAUAGAUUGAUUUUAAACUCUCUUUUGAGAAUUAUUAUGUAGGAAUUUAUUGGUACCUUUUAGUUAAGAUGUGUGGCACAGAAGACAUUAUUCUUUUUCACGAAUCAACUCAUAAGAGCAAUGGAGUUGUCAUGAAUGGGUUUGAGGGUC